UCGAGUCGAGAGCACACACACUCCGAGAGCAGUGCGCGCAUGUCAGCCGAGUUUCGUAUUCGAGUCGAGUCGAGGCACCACAUGGCGUAUACGUGUUGCGGGCCAUUCAAACGGGUGCACUGAGUCCAUUAUGGUCACUGGUCGAAGGGGAAUCCGCGCCAGAGCUCUGUAACCAGACCAGAUGUUUCAAUUCUAGAACUGCCCGAGUCUUUGCUCGAUCAGAAUGUGAACAACCAUCUCCACGUCUAGGAGAAAUUCAGUAUGGUCAUUGGGUCACGUGAUGUGAUUUGAAUUGAAGCCGGCUAAGUGCAACAAGCUGCAAUUGGCAAUUUGCGUGUUGUGCGGCUUGCUUUGAUGGAUUUGCUCCAAUUGGACGACAGUCGGCAAUCAAAAUAAGGCCACUAUUCGGUUGAAUGCAGCAGAGGCAGCAGCAGACACAGCCACCGCAACAACCAACAGCAAGAGAAACAUCUGUAGCAGCAGCAGCAGCAGGAAAGAACGGAAGCAGCAACCGCAACAAGAACAACAUGUUGACAACACACCAUCUGCAUCACCUGCACCAUCAUCGAGGCAGCACCGCCGUGGAAUUGGACAAGAUCACGAAUCUAAAUACGCUCAUCGUGGAGAUCAACAGCCAUGUGGCACUGUUCCGCGAUAUGCUGAUACACGUGGGGCAGGCCAAGGAUUGCCCCGAGCUGCGCGAGAAGAUACGCAAGCUGCGUCGCACCUGCGUGGAGGCAUUCAAGCACACCGCCCAGAUACUCCUGCCGCAGGUCAAGAGCGCCAUGGCCGAUGGCAUACUCACCGACAACCCGCACUUGGUGCUAGUGUUCUACAUGGCCCAGUUAUUCCUACGUGAACUUGUGAAAAGUUAUCGUCUCAUACAGGUCGUGCCAAUGGAUAUGUCUGGCUAUUAUGAGAACCGCGCGGGGCCCUCGAAUCUGGGGAAUGUCAUAAGCCAAAUAUUGUUGUGCAAACAAUUUACGCCCGACUUCAAUGAGGAGGAAUUGUGCAGCAUCACCAAAGACUCGCAGGACAUUGCCGUUCUGCUAUCCGAGCUGCAGGAGUACAUGCCACAACAUGAGGCAUAUUUGGAAAGGAACGCAGCCCUGGACACCACUGGACCCUGGCAGGCCAAGAGGCGCCAGAACUAUAUCUGCAAGAACAUGAGCCUACUGUGCUGCGUUUCCAGGCCCAACUAUCUCUGAGAGCAGCCCGACAGUGUGUAAGCUCCAGAAAUGGUUCCCAGAACACAGACACACUCAUACACUACUUAUAUCAAUUACUAAGCUAAGAAUAAGAUAUAUUCAUUCUUACCAAUAGAACAUGUUAUAGAAGGAAGUAUGAACCUCUAGAAGGAAAAGAAACAGAGCCAGAAAAAUGUAUAAAAAAGAUGUUCCAGCAGAGUCUCUGAAAACCAUAGAAAAAGUCCAAAUGGGAGACAAAAACAUAUAGAAGUAAUUGAAUGGAGAAAAAAUCUAUAGACAAGAGGCCCAAAGAAGAAUCUGUAGAAAGAGAAUUCUAAGCAUAUAGAAGAACUUCGCGAAGCGAGCCAGAAAUAAAACAGCAAGCUGAGGAAGAGCAUUGUAUUAUAAUCAAAGAAAAUGCAAAGGAUGCAAUAUUUAUCUUAAUGUGUAUAAUCAAAGUUAAUUAUGCUGCAUAUACAAUAUUAAUGUAAAAGGAAUUAAAGAAAAAAUAUAGAGAUACUAUAUACAUAUAUAGAGAAUUGAAUUAAAGAAAAAAUAUAGAGAUACUAUAUACAUAUAUAUAGAAUUCGAACUAUUAGAGUUCAGCAAACAUUUAUGGAGAAUAUAACUAGCAUAUAAAGCCAGUUAAGACUUUUUAGGCCUGUAAAUUAUAGUCACUGUAUAGACACACACAUUAUUUAUCAUCUACUAAAGUUAUCUAAAUACAUAAAUCCUUGAGUUAACAUUACGACUGGGCUUAGAUCGAGGAGGACUUGGUGCUGGGAGCAAGGCAGUUAGGUUGUAGUUCCAUAUGAAUGUAGCCUUCGUAAUUAAGUUAAAAGCCUCGCCAGGCAAGUGCUAAACCAAAAGCAAUAAAACACAUUCUUGUUAAAUCAAACACUAAAACUUAACAACAAAUAUAAAUCUAUUCGAAAUGUCUCUAGGUUUCCGUUUGUUCAUUUCAAGGUUUUCAUGCACAGUACCUAAGCAAAAAAAACACAAACAAAAAACAAAAAACGAGCAACAAACAAGCAACAUGUGACCAAUGAAAAUAUAACUAAACAAAGGAUGAACAAUCUAUUUUAAAACUAUGGUUUAUUCAAUCAAAAAUACCCUGAAAUAAAAUGAAACAAAAAAUUCCGAGGAAAUAAAUGAGCAAGCAAUGAAUUUCAAUCCAAAAAGUUUUUGUACAUUUUAAUUAAACAAAAUUAGGUUCCCGAAAAAGUUAGAAAUACUCAAGUUUUUUCAAGUAGUCACAAAAUGAAAUAAUAUUAUGGGUCAAUUAGUAGUGUUUUGUGGAGAGCUUACAGAAAAGUUCUUCCGUUCACCAGGUCCCCACCAUAUAUUUAAGCUGACUCUCCCGCUUCCCCAAUACAAAUAUAACACAUUUAUUUUCAUUAAGCUGACUCGACGAAAUGCUGCCUGUAAUAAUAAAAUACAGCAAUUGGUUGCAAAUGAAUUUAUUGCAAGGUCGAAAUGAAUAAUUAUAAGUUGAUUAUGUUUUGGUUGAAUUGAAAUGGCAUUACCAUUUAAAUUUGUUGUUGUGCAAAUUAAAAUAUGCUUUUAAGGACCGGAUAAGCUCGGUUUAAUAUUAAAAAUUCAUAU